UAAUAUUACAUGGAGAUGGUUAUAAAAUGCAUAUGCUUUCAUGAUUCGGCAUGCUUGUUGUACAGAAAAUGAUUUCUAAGUCUUCUCUCAUUUUGAUCUUUAACAUUUUUGAGAAAAUCUAAAUAUUAGCUACAGUCUGAGAAAAUUUAAAGUGUCAUUCACAGUUAGGUAUUUGCAAUGACCAAGUUUCAUUUUGCUAUCACUUUUUUUUUCAUACUUAAUUUCAGUUUUGCUUCAGGAUGGUUGGCAAAACACUGUGAAAUAUUUGACAAUUUCUUAAUGAGAGGCAUUGACUUUUAUAACGGCAAACAUCUGUUCCCAGAAGAUUACACAUUUGCAGUGUGUGGCAUAACCCCCAGCUAUGGAGAACUGAGAGAAGUAAGUACACAGUUGGAUGGACUGUGCUCAUUUAUACAAACUGUUAAGCCAAGAACCUUUUCUCAGUUUAUAAACCUAAAAAUGCUUUUCCUAGAUGCACCUGGACAGUGUAUAAUAUACCCUGGGGCAUUUCAAGGAUUAAAGAAUUUGGAAUACUUGGAAUUCUCUCUAAAUUUCUCAAAGCACUCAAUUCCUGUUCUGUACAAAGGUGCAUUUGAUGGACUUUCUAAAGUUAGAAUAUUAAAAAUUAGUGGAUAUAACUUUUUGCCUUCCUCUAGCCCUCUUAUCUUAUCUCCACUCACAAAAUUAGAAAGUCUUCAGUUUGAGAGUACUUUUACUAAAGACUUGUGUGACAUAAUCUGCAAAAUUCAAAAUCUAACCCUCUUGAAGCAGUUAGCAGUCACUUUAAGUGGAACUGAAAUUAUAAAACUGAACUGCAGUGAGAGUCUUCAAACAGGGCAUGAAAUCCAGCUCUGCAAGGUCCAGUCGAAUAUAACUAAUUUGGACUUAACUUUUAACCCUUUGUACAAUAUCGAACCAGGGUCUUUAUAUUUUUGCCAAAAUCUUGAAUUCCUGAAUGUCAGCCUCUCCGAUGUGAAUAUAAGUGAACUGCUUCAGUCAGGUAUACGGACAGUAACCACUCUUCACAUGACUUCUAUGCAGAAAAGAACAAAAGACUUUUUAAAACAUGCUUGCAAUUUGUCUCUCUAUUUUAAAGUUAGAAAUCUGAUUCUGAGUGGAAAUAAUAUAGAUGAGAUUUCUAACAGAAGUGUGGCUAAGUGUCAGCUGUUAGAGAGUUUGAACCUUGGAGACAAUGUCAUAAAGAAAACUGAAAAUAACAUUCUGUGUUUAAUGACAAAUCUCAAAAUCUUCAGUCUAGCAAACAAUAACUUAGAAACUAUAAACAUCUGCCCUUCUGACCAGGGCUUUACUUCCCCAAUGACUAACUUAGAUCUGUCUGCAAAUGCUGUUCGUGCUUUAAAAUCAAAACAGUUUUCCUGCAUGGUUAACUUGAAGAGUCUAAAUCUAGAAAAGAAUGCAAUUACUGUCAUACACGAGUCUGCUUUCUAUGGUUUGAAAAGUCUUACUGAACUCAGUUUGAAAAAAAAUCGGCUUUCACAGAUACAGGACCAUUAUUUUAUGCAUUUAGAAACUUUAACAUCCUUGAACUUGCUUGGAAAUGUUAUACAUGAAACACAACUAGACACGUUCAAGAAACUGUUUCUGCUUCGUGAACUUUACCUGGGAACAUUUCAAAAAAUGUCUUCAAUUGUUUACUUAUCACUCCUCCCCAGUGGUUUGAAGAUAUUGUUUCUUGAAAGUGAAAAUGACAUAAGUCUUUAUAAUAUAAGUGGUAAGCAAACACAUUUCUUAGAAACUUUGCACAUUAAAUGUGAUGCUUUGUCUGUGCAUAGAGCAGAACCGCUGAUGGCACUUAAGACACUUCAUAUUGAUGCCAGAGAAAUAUAUAAUUUCAAAGGUUCGUCAUAUUUUAUGAACAGUACUAACCUGGAAGAGAUUUGUUUUAAACAUUUGGGAGACAGAAGCCUUACAAAACAACUGUUGCCAGAUUUGUCCAAAUUAAAUCAUCUAAAAUAUUUACAGCUUGAAGAAACAUACUUCUCUUCAUCAUCUCAGUAUGCAGAUUCAGAAAACGUCUUUCAAAAACUAACAAGUCUGGAAGUAUUAGUGUUAAUAAAUUCUGAGUUUACUUCCUUUACUCCUCAAAUGUUUAACGACUUGGUGUCUCUUAAACUGCUUGUUGUUGCUAUGCAGAAUAUUAUACUAUUGUCCCCUGACCUCUUUCAGAGUUCUUUGACUUUGAAGUAUGUUUAUUUUUACAAGGUUAUUUUCCAGUGUGACUGUCAGAAUUCAUGGAUAAUUCUGUGGGCAGCCACAAAAAGGGACAUGAUAUUAAUCAUGGAGAGGGAAAAAUGCAUUACUAAAUAUCUGACAUCUCCUUUUGUUUCUUUCCUGGAAAUGACCUGCGACCUUCCCCUAGAAUAUUCCUUUUUUGUUGGAACCAGUGUAUCCAUCACACUGUUCAUGAUAUUUGUUUUAUUAUAUGAAAUGGCUGGAUGGUACAUUGUCUACAUUCUGUAUAUUAUCAAGGCUUGGCUGGCAGGGUUGCUGGGAGAAAGACGCAUGAAAGCCCAGUACAAAUAUGAUGUGUUUGUUUCAUACAGCAGUAAAGAUGAGUUUUGGGUUGUCAAUGAACUCAUUCCAAACCUGGAGCAAAAGGGACCACCUUUCCUCAAAGUGUGCCUCCAUAACAGGGACUUUGAGGUGGGGAAGGACAUUGUAGAUAACAUUGUGGACAGUAUCUACAGCAGCAGGAAAACAAUCUGUGUGAUCACCCACCAUUACCUAUGGAGCGAAUGGUGCUCCCUGGAGAUGAGAAUGGUCACCUACAGGUUGCUAGCCGAAAGCCAAGACCUUCUCAUUUUGGUGUUUUUGGAAAGGAUCUCCCUGCAUGAGAUUUCAGCGUUUCACAGGUUGGCAAGGUUGAUCAAGAAGAAGACCUACAUUGAUUGGCCAGAUGGGGAGCAUGAACAGCUGCUUUUCUGGGAGAAGCUGAAAGGGACAUUAAAGAAAGACAUAAAGGAAGAGACUGAGCAAAGGAUUUAACCAGAUCAACAGACCUGUGUAACAGAAACAAUCAGUUUUGGAAGUGAUACUGCUCCUGUCAAGUCUGGGUUUCUUAAGGCUGAUAAAACUGAGACCAUUUUUUCACUUUCCAAAAAUAAUAAUUUUUUGAUGGAAUAGAACAAAAAACACAGAGGCACCUCUUUGUACCAUCAUGUUGCUUUCCUAGGAAUGUAUGUGAUAUGUGUCAUCCCAUGAGCUGUUUGUCCUGUAAACAUUGUUUCUGAUUCAACUCUUAGAAAACAGAACAUAUGAAUUAAAGCAAUGUACUUGCUGUGCUGUAUCUGCCUGUUAACAAUACUGAGCCCUGUGAAGACACAAGCAUUUCCCACUGUAAACUGACAUUUGAUAUAUACAUUUUAUAUUUUAUUAGUUUGUUCAUAAUUAACAUUGCAAUUUCAUUAGUACUUUUUGCUAUCAAACUUUGCAAAUGUAUAGGAAUGCUAGAAACAACAUUCUGCAAAAUUAACAUGAUUUUUUUCAGAGCAAGAAAUAGCUUAGAGAGAGAAUGAGUGUUUUUUAAAGGUGGUGUGAAUUAUAAUCAUAAAAACAAAAAUGAAAAGCAUAAUGUGUACUGGGAAACUUAAAAUUAGACAGAAAUUUCAUUUGAAAUACAUUAGCCUUUUAUUUACUAUGCAAACAAUAUUCACAUUAUAAAUAAAUUGUACAUGAACAUUUCUGGCUGUGCUUGAGAAAUGCACUGCAGUAGAAAUGGAGAACUCAAAGUAAGUUGAUGGAAAAAGCAAAAGCUCAAAAUAUAACUGAGAAGCAUGAAUGUAUGCAUGCAUGUUACAAGUGCUGCAAGGAGUAUCAUUCAAUAAGAGCCACAAUAGAUAUGACACUGAUUAGGUUGUAUAGGAAGAAGAUUAUGUGUUAUAAAUAAUUUUCUCACAUCCCAAAUCCAAAACAUUCAAGUUAAUAGAAAUGAACUGCAUUAAAAGCAGCAGUCGUCAGUGUAUAAGGCAAACAGGGAUACACAGUAGUCAGUGUUUUUUGAGGCAAUAUAAACAUGACAGUGUCAGCACCUACGUACAGGCUGAUGUUUGCAAAACAGAAUCUUCAGCCCAGAUCUUAGGCCGGAUGCCUCACACAGAAAUAUGUGGUAUCCAGCAAUAGCCAUGCAAUACUGUCUGGUGUAACAUGUCACAUGCUCAGAGAAAAGGGACAUCAAUUCAUACCUCUCAACUGUACAGAUUUUUGCCUGAUAUUUUUGG